AUCUGCAAAAUUGACUCUGCGGGAAGAACAAGUCUACUUGAAGCGAAACCAAACGGUGGUGAUCCGUGAGAUUUCGUCAUCAUCGGCUUAAAAUGCAUCACUGGGUUCAAGCUUCUUCUUCCGAUUUCAGUGGAACUCCUCCGCAAGCUCGGAGUGGACAUACAGCUGUCAAUGUCGGAAAAUCCAUGGUGGUGGUGUUCGGUGGUCUCGUCGAUAAGAAAUUCCUCAGCGAUAUAAUUGUUUAUGAUAUUGAAAACAAACUCUGGUUUGAGCCAGAAUGUACUGGCAGCGAGUCUGAAGGACAAGUGGGUCCUACACCUCGUGCGUUUCAUGUUGCUAUUACAAUCGAUUGUCAUAUGUUCAUCUUUGGUGGACGUUCUGGUGGCAAGAGGUUGGGUGACUUCUGGGUUCUAGAUACAGAUAUAUGGCAGUGGUCUGAAUUGACUAGCUUCGGCGACUUACCUACACCUCGUGAUUUUGCUGCCGCUGCUGCUAUUGGGAGCCAAAAAAUUGUGUUGUGCGGCGGCUGGGACGGUAAAAAGUGGCUGUCAGAUGUUUAUGUUAUGGACACAAUGUCCCUUGAAUGGCUGGAGCUAUCGGUUUCAGGGUCAUUGCCACCUCCUAGAUGUGGUCAUACGGCCACAAUGGUGGAGAAACGAUUACUUGUUUUCGGUGGCCGAGGAGGUGGUGGCCCAAUCAUGGGUGAUUUGUGGGCUUUGAAGGGUCUGAUAGAUGAAGAGCGUGAAACACCUGGAUGGACCCAACUCAAGCUUCCUGGACAAGCACCAUCAUCUCGAUGUGGUCAUACAGUUACAUCUGGAGGACAUUAUCUUCUGUUAUUUGGGGGACAUGGAACUGGUGGAUGGCUGAGUCGUUAUGAUGUUUACUAUAAUGAUACUAUAAUUUUGGACAGAGUAACUGCUCAGUGGAAGCGCUUACCAAUAGGCAAUGAGCCUCCUCCUCCUCGAGCUUACCAUACCAUGACUUGUAUUGGAGCUCGUCAUCUUUUAAUUGGUGGUUUUGAUGGAAAAUUGACCUUCGGUGAUCUCUGGUGGUUAGUUCCCGAAGAUGAUCCGAUAGCCAAGAGGUCUUCUGUGCCUCAAGUUGUAAACCCUCCUGAAAUUAAAGAGUCAGAGAGAGAGUUGGACAAGGAAAGGGGACAAGAUGGAUUCAGUAUUGUUGACUUGCAACAGAAAAUGGGAAUAUCUGUUUCAUCAGGGUUGCGCCUUCAAAUUCCCGAGGAGUCAGAAGAUCAAGAGUUUGUUGAAUUAGGAACAAGAUUAAUUGAGGGAGAUGUAGUUGAUGAACGGGCCUCUAUGAUUCAGAUGGCCGCUCAAGCACUUCGUCAGCAUUGGAAACAGUCCACUCCGAGAACUUUACAACUAAAAGAGCUUGGUUCCUUACUUCGAGAUUAUCAGCGACUUGUUACACGAAUUUUCACUACACAGAGCAGCUUAACAUCUGCUGAUUUUGGCCUCCCUGGAACGAAGACCUUUACGUUUUAUCAUAUCAAAAGUUCUUCCGAGUUGCGGAUUAAUGACAUCUCGAAGUUGCUGGAAGAAUACAAAACUCUUGUAAUCUGAUUGAGGAGUCGCCACAAAACUCACGAGGAACAAAAAUAUCUUUAGGUAUGAAUUUCUUAAAUCCCUGAGGCAAAUCGUUUUUCCAUUACAUUCUUUUACACCUUUUCUCACACUUCAGUAGAGGAACUUUAAUCCAUAAAUGAUCCAAAACCUCAAACAGUUCCCAUGUAAAAGCUAGUAGCUGCCAAGAAGAUCACCGAGAUUGCGAUCAGCAUCACAGCUAUACAAAAAGCUAAAAGUCUUAGAGAAUCAGAGCUGGGAUAGGCUACAAUUGAUUUACCUCCAUUAAGAUUGAAACAAGGUGUGCUUUCUCUUUGUUCUUUUCGUCGAAAGCCUCAUGUAUCUCUUUGUAUUCCCUCUCCUGUCAUUUAUUUAUCAUCUGGUGUGAGUAUUGAUGGAUAUAAAAGAGUUGUAGAGGUAAAAAGAAGCAGGAUUGUUAAUAAAGACUGAUUAUAUGAAACCUUCUUCUGGCAGCUCUG